AUGGGUGAGAGGCUAAUGCAAGUGCAACUGAGGAGCUUCUGUCUGGCUGACGUGGAUGAUUUCUAUGAAUGGGCAAGUGAUGAAGAGGUUACACGCUUUAUGACUUGGGAGCCCUUCAAAUCUAAGCAACAGGAAAGAGAGUAUGUUGCAAACGUGGUGAUUCCUCACCCUUGGUUUAAGGCCAUUUGUAUCCAAGGAAGUAAUAAGGCCAUUGGCCAUAUUAUGCUUAAACAAGGAAGUGGAAUGAACAGUUGCAGAGCAGAGAUGGGGUAUGCCAUCUCUAGGGAGUACUGGAAAAUGGGUGUCACCACUCAAGCUGUCAUCACUGCACUCAAAAUUGGCUCGAAGGAAUUGCAAGGAAUAACGAGGAUGGAAGCUCUGGUUCUCCCAGAGAAUGUUGCCUCGGCAAGAGUGCUGGAGAAGGCAGGGUUUAUCAAGGAGGGUCUGCUACGUAACUAUGUUUAUCUGAAAGGAAGCCUCAGGGACCGUUUACUCUUUAGCUUUGUCGUCGCCUCACUUAACCACUGA